GUGGUGAUUUCCCGCAGUACAGGAUGUGCGUCACUGGCCGCUGUUGUUAAAUUGUCUGACUCUUUCUCAGCAUCACCGCGGAGUUUUACAGCAGACUGAGGCACCAUGAGCCUGCCCACUUCUCCUCCGAGCUAUGCGGAGGCCACAGCAGGAGAUAAAGAGCGAGGAGUUGGCAACCCACCACCUCCACCCAUGCCCAUGCAUCCCAGCUGGGCCUAUGUGCAUCCAGCUCCCAGUCCAGGAUACACUAACCCGUACGCUUCAGACAUGUCCUCGCCCUUCUCUGAUCCGAGCUCUAGUGGGAGCUUCGAUGGCCUCAGCGGGAGUAGCUGGGAGGACAAGAACGUCCGCCGUAUGUUCAUCAGAAAGGUGUUCUGUAUCCUCAUGGUUCAGCUCAUGGUGACAUUUGGUGUCGUAGCACUCUUCACUUUCUGCGAGCCAGUGCGACAGUUUAUUCAGUACAAUCGUAUCCUCUACCUUGCCUCAUAUAUGACCUUCAUGGGAACAUACUUGGUGCUGGUAUUCAGCUCAAGUGCACGACGAAGAUACCCAACCAACAUGAUCCUCCUUGGCAUAUUUACUUUGGCACUGUCGUACAUGGCUGGCAUGCUUGCAAGCUACCACAAUACCAAAGUAGUGAUGAUGUGUGUGGGUAUAACUGCGUUAGUGUGCCUCGCUGUCACCCUUUUCUGUUUCCAGACCAAGGUUGAUUUUACUUCUCGUCAUGGUCUGCUCUUCUCACUCUUGAUGGUGCUGAUGAUCACUGGACUGCUGCUCAUCUUCACCGUGCCAUUUGGCUAUAUCCCCUGGUUACAGACUGCAUAUGCUGGAUUGUGUGCCCUAGUUUUCACUUUGUUCUUGGCGUUUGACGUGCAGCUGUUGAUGGGUAACCGCCGGUACUCCCUGAGCCCUGAGGAGCAUGUAUUUGGAGCACUCUGCCUCUACAUGGACAUCGUCUACAUCUUCUUCUUCCUCCUUCAGCUGUUUGGGAGUCGUGAGUGAUUCCUGUGUUCAUGCUGGUCUGAAACAUCUGUCCCUGUCCUCUCUUACAGACACGCAUAUACCCUCCUUACUAACCCCACGGUCCACAGAGGUGUCUUCCUUAGUCUGUAGAAUCAAAAUGUGCUGCCAUUAGUAUAUCUGGCCUUCAAAUUCUCGCUUUCCAGAGGCUCAGUGAGUGGUGGCAGCCCCUACGUAUAUAUGCAGCAUAAGGUAUUCUCUCAUCCACUCGAGCUAAUGUUGAAAAAAACACACACUUCAGCUUCAGCUGUUACCUGUGUAGAAGACAAUCAUACUACUUAUGGUCGGGUUAAAAGAGUGCUCUGAGGAGGCUGUGUAGCUGUUGUAGUCCUCAGUUCUUAAUAGUGGCCUGGAGGAUAUAUAUUUUUUUCAUUUCCUUUUUGUAAUUUCUGUUUUUCUGUAUUGAGUGAGAAAGAAUAUGCGUGGGAUUACAAUCGCCGCAUUGUACAGAAUUGCUGGUUUACUGAUUAUUACUGAGCAUUAACAAGCAUUAAAAAAGUCGAUUCAGUGUCAGUAGUAGUGACAGAGACUGUGUAUCCAUUUCAGUUUUUAUUUAUUUACUUUUUUCAAAUUAAGUCACAUGUACAGAUUUAGUAAAUUUGUACAAAUUCAGUAAAAACUCUUUCAGUCAGUUCCGUCGUUUCCGUUCAUGAGCCUCUUUGAAUGCUGGCUAAUCCAGAGGCAUGGGUGUAAAUUGUCUGCACUUUCUAUUGUUCUCAUUGCUGGUUGGAUAUAUGCAAUAUAUGCAAUGCAACCAUUGUCUGCGUAGAAAACACACAGUGCCAAAUGUACCUCCGUGGUGUGAUGAUGGCGGCAAGUUUUCAACUUUGGUCAGGUCUGUAAUGUUGAUUAUCCACUGCCUGUUUCACAUAGCUGAAAGGUGCUGAGGUCAUCUUUUUAAAAAAAGAGCUCUACACAUAUACACAGUUUCAUGUCAGUAUAUACAUAUAUAUAUUUUUUGCAUCGGAUUUUCACUUUAUUACUUUCAAAGGAGGAUUCUCUGGUUUUUUUCUUCUUUAGGAAUGUCUUCGAUUCUUAGGAAAUUUUGCUGAUUUGCAGAUUCCAAAAGCUUGCAUAAUUCAGUGUUUAAGAUGUAAAAGUAAUUCAGAGUGGUUUGGUUUAAAAAUAUUAACUGUAGAGAAACAUACCCUCUCUAAAUUUCUUUACAGUGGAGGUAAAAGGAACCAAGAGGUUGUCUACAGCACACAAAUACAGCCAUUUUAUUUUCUAUUCAAAUCCACUCAUAUGUGCUCUCUCUCUCUCUCUCUCUCUCUUAGUUGCUGUAUGAAUAUGUAUUAGUGCAUUAGUUCAUUCGAAUUACAGUUUUAAUGCGGUCUUCAAAAUUGAGUAAUCACUGAGUAAUCAUUGAGUAAUUGAUCUAAAAUAUCCAUAUAUAUUACUAAUUUCUGAAGUGUUUAUUCAUCCUACAAAUACCUCCCACAGACCAACGUGCAAAUAUUUUCUAAACAUUACACUCAGUCUGAGAACUAAGCUUGUACCGAAAAAAGGUCCAGUUUGGUGCGGAGUUUAAAUGAAAAGUAAUUCUGCAACAUCUGUCUCAAAACAGGCAAAGUGACAAGUUGUUUUUAUUUUUAUUUUAUUAUCUACCCAAUUUGUAGCUGUAAUUUUGAAGUGGCAAAAAAGCUCUUUCAGACUCGGGUUAUUUUAUUGUCAAUACUUGUGUCAGUUAAUGAAAAGCAGAUGCAGUAAUUUGUAGCUGAGCUAGCUAAACACAGAUUAGCUUAGCAAAAGGUUGCAGACCCAACACACCCAAGGAAAAACAUUUAUUUCAGCUUUUUGAAUGUUUAACCAUUCUCACUCAAGCUGAGACAGUCUAAGUUAAACACUUAUAAUAAGUGUGGUUUCAGGCAGACAGACUUGAGUGUGUUCUGUGGUGAACAGAGUGCUAGCUUGUCAUGCUACUAAUUUAGGUAAUGCUAACCAGCUUCUCCUUUCUUAUUUGCAGCAGUUAAACAUUUGUAAUUGUUGUAAUUGUUUGUAAUAACUAGAAGUUUAAUAUUUAUUGAAUAAUUGAUUUUAAAGUGUGCAGUGACCCUGUAAACAAACAGAUUUUUCAGUUUUAAAAUAAUGCUGGAUAUAAUUAUAUGGAAGCCACACAAACACAGGGCUCUCCACGCUUCAUUUGCAGUUUAUGUUUCUCUACGCUCCUGUAACUGGACACCAUGGUAAUAUUUUAAGGCAGUAUGACACUGGAAAUGGAAAAACAGAUACUGCCCAACCCUAAUGUGUGUUGUGUUUUCUGACCUCCUGAAAAGAUGAUUUAGCUGUGCUUAAUUGGCCCUAGGUGUGAGUGUGUGAGCAGGUUGUUGAUGGGCUGGUGCCCUGUCCAAGGAUAAUUCCCACCUAUGCUCCUGUCACAAUAAUAGCUUUUGUUUGGAUUUGUUUCGUUAUAUUGUCCCUAAAAUAAUGGCAAAUAGCUAUGUUAUGGUCAUUUUUUGACCAUUUAGUUUGAUUGAUAGAUGAAAACACCAGUUUUAUUUUAUAUAGAUCAACACACAAGCUUAUUCACAUCAAUGGGCUUAGAUUGAGACACCUACUUUGAAAUAUCAUAGCUCAGCAAAAAGUAAAUGACUGAAUUUUUACUGAAUUUUGUCCCUUUAUUGUUCAAAAUGUUAAUUAAAGAUUUCUAUGACAGGCCUACCUGCCUUGCGCACAGUGACCCACUGGUUCCUGUCACCUCUACUGCUAUUUUUUUUUUUUUAUUUACAUUUACAGUAUUUGUCUGAUACUCUGAUCUUGCAGUUUGGGUUACACAUGUUGGUGAAUGCAAGGUUAUGAAUUUUAGCCACCACUUCUUAUUACUGCACCACUCUGAUAGACUGUGUUUACAUCUUAGGUGGAAUCCUUCUUGUUAUUAGAGUGUUUUAUUAACUAAUUAGCAUUCCCUCUUUCUGUUUUUCAGGGGGGUUUGUUUGUAGUUGGUUUGCUCUGGUUUAAAUCAGUUGGGGUUUUUUUCACGCAGGGGAAAAUGCAGGUGCACCACAAUGUGUCACAAUAAAACAUGGGAGAAGGUUCUUUACACAUAUUAGUCAGAUUUGUCUGGGGCAGGAGCAAGAAGGUCUUGUGGUUUGGACUAUUGCAGAUUUCUUUGUGGUUAAACAUGGAGCAACAACAGAGAUUGGGCAAAAUUUACCUGGGCAAAAAUGAACAUUACAAUACAUUAGGUUAAACAAGCUCCUUAUCUCAAAUUUCUGGAGUACAGCUGAUUGUUCUAUUUGAGGUCAGAUUGCAUUGCAUCACCACAAACAAACUGCUCCAGAGUGUAUUUGGGACUGGACUGAGACCAGUAAUUACUGUAUUCACACCUGCCCAAAUGAAUCACACCAAGGGUGAAAACAAAACAAUGUAGUCCAGUUUAACUGGACAGAUGUGAACACACCCUUAGUGACUGAAGCACUGGGCAUUUUGGUGCAGUUAAACAUUCAAAGCAAACAUUGCUUAUUUAUAUAAAUUUGAUGUUUACAAAUGUGAAUAUUUUAUUGUGAGUAAACAUAUGUUGUUGUCAGUUCAAGCACAUGAAACUAAUGCUGCACGUUUGUUUAAAUGAAGGCAUUGAUGAAGAAAGCAGAACACUUACAGUAAGUGUAUGUGAAAUCAUUGGUAGCUGAGCCUGCCUGUUUUUUAUUUUUCCUUCUUCAUUGAGUUUAUACUCAGGAGAAAACUGUCAUUGCACAUUUCAUCUACUUCACAGAAAAGACUAAACAUGAAUUUAAAAGUCUUUACAAAAGAAAAGAAGGGCAUGUUUUGAAUUCUGAUUAUGACCAGUGCUGUACUUUUUGUGUAAUCAUUCCUCUCUGUUCAUAGAUCUGUACAUUUGAGAGUGAGGUUUAUUGUAUUUAGACCACCUUCUUCCUUUCCUCUUUCCUUGUGCACUGUUGUAUGUCUACAAAGAAGCUCAGUGUUCUAUCAGUACCUACUACUGCAUGAUCUGUGCUGCAGUGGCCAGUCCUGUCAUUACUGCACACUGCAUACUAACCUAGGAGUAAAAAGUGAAAGCCUUGCCACAUUCCUUUAUUUCCCAGCAGUGUAACGGCAGGGUGGCCAGCGGAUAUGACGAGAGUAUUGUGAAGUUUUGUAACCUUAUUUGUCUGUUAGUAAAAUGAAUAAAGAUUAUGAUUAUGAAUCAGAAA